AUGGGCGACAAGUCACCGCACGCGCUGCAAGAUCGCUUGCACGCAUGGACGCGCGAAGCCGAAGCCAUUUCCGGAGCCAUCAGCGAGUACAAAGCGGAGCAUGAUGCUGCGUUUGAAGAGCUCCAGGCGAAAUACGCACGACGACGCAGCACCCUAGCAAAGCUCGACCGGAGACGGCGGCAGGCUGAGAGGUUGUUUCGCGCCCAGCGGGAGCGCUUUGUGCAGUGCAGAGAUGCCCUGCGAAGCACGGAGACAACCCUGCACGAGGUGGAGUCGCUGGUGUCCACACACCUUCCCGCCAUUCAACGUGCGGUGGAGCGUGCAAGCUUGCUCGGAGACGCCAGCACUGCUGCGGUCCACAGCCACCUACAGGCCAUCGGAAGCAUUAUUGACAUGUGCAGGCUGGCCAAGCAGCAGCAGCAGCGCGCGAGUCAAGAGGCAAUGGGCAACGCCGACAAGGCGGGGGAAGAUGAGAGGGAAGAAGACGAGGAAGAUGAGGAGGAGGAGGAGGAGGAGGAGGAGGAGGAGGAGAAGGAGAAGGACGACGACGACAAUGGCAGCAACGGUGUCAAUCGUGCCGGCGGUAUUGGCCGUCAUGAUCGGCUGCACGGGCAACACGUGCAGUGCAGGCGCCCGGGACAUGGCCGCGCAGGUCGUUCCCGCCACCACAGCAGCGCACUGCCCCGCGCAUCCCCGCGCACGCCCGUCUCCGUGCUGAGCAGCACGUCGUUCAACAGCAACAGCGGCGCCCUGGGAAGAAACCUGUCCAACACCAGCCACGAUGAGCCCUGGCGGCCGCAGCAACAACAGCGCAUGAACCAGCCGCGCAAGCCACUCCUGCCCGACCAGAACCUGGUGUGA